GUAUCGUUUUGUAGUUAAUGACCAUAAUUUAGUCGAGGUUGGUUUUAUUUAGCGGUUCGCGCCAUUUUUGUAUUCGAUAAAUUACGAGAUAUUUUGUUGAUUUUCCAGCAAAAUGAACGUUUAAAAGUGAAAUGAUUCGAUCAUUGGCACCUAGUCAACGAGGGAAACGUCCUUUACUUUUGGAUAUACCGCAGGAUAUUGCAGCAAUAACUCUAUCAGAAAAUUGUCCUCCAGAAUCAAAAAGAAGGACUGCCAAAAAUGUCAAGGACGUGCAAAUAUCGGAACGCAAGGCUGUUCUUCUUUCCGAUGAUGGCAUCAAUGCGAUGCAAAAGAUAGUAUCUGAACAUGAAGAAAGAGUGAGGAAACUUCUUAGCAAACCAUUUAAAAUACCAGUGCCUGGUUAUCAAUUAUCUGGGCGAGUUCUUGGAUUACGUCUGCCAGGACCACGUAGACCAUUGCACGAUCCUAAUGAUCCUAAUGCUUUAAUUGUCUAUUCGCCACCAGAAUUAUCUGAACAUGAAAGAUUGAAAAUUGAUUCGUGUAAGCAACUUGUACAUGUAGUUGUAGAUCCAAUAUUGUGCAAUGUAUUAAGGCCGCACCAACGUGAAGGAGUGAAAUUUAUGUAUGAAUGUGUAACGGGUAAACGUAUAGAAAAUGCAUAUGGUUGUAUUAUGGCAGAUGAAAUGGGUCUUGGCAAAACACUGCAAUGUAUAACAUUAUUAUGGACAUUAUUGAAACAAGGACCAGAAGCUAAACCAUUAAUAGACAAAGCAAUUAUCGUUGCACCUAGCUCUUUAGUGAAGAAUUGGUAUAAUGAAAUCAAUAAAUGGUUAAAUAAUAUAGUUAACACCCUUGCUAUCGAUGGAGGAAAAAAAGCAGAAAUUGACACAAAACUCCUCAGGUUUAUGAAAACUUACGGCGGUAGAUGUGUAACUCCUAUUCUCAUUAUAAGUUAUGAAACAUUUCGCCUACACGCACAUGUACUGCAUCAAGAUGAAGUAGGUCUUGUACUUUGUGAUGAAGGUCAUCGUUUAAAAAAUUCUGAAAAUCAAACAUAUCAAUCCUUAAUGGGUUUGAAGGCUAAGAGAAGAGUAUUGCUAAGCGGGACGCCUAUACAAAAUGAUCUUCUGGAGUACUUUUCCCUUGUACACUUUGUUAAUCAAGGAUUAUUGGGAACUGCACAGGAAUUCCGAAGAAAGUACGAAACGCCUAUAUUACGUGGUCAAGACGCAGCUGCGACAGACGAUCAACGUAAACUCGCUCAAGAACGUUUAUCUGAUUUAGUAUCAGUCGUUAAUAAGUGCCUCAUUAGACGUACUAGCGCUUUACUUUCGAAAUAUUUGCCACUGAAACACGAAUUCGUAGUAUGUAUAAAAAUGGGAGAGCUGCAAACCCGUCUCUAUAAAAAUUUCAUACAGAGUGAGAGUAUAAAAAGAUCUAUGGAAGAGGAUGAUAAUCCAAAGAAAGGAGGCCAUUUAUCCGCUUUAGCUGCCAUAACUCUUUUAAAAAAACUAUGCAAUCAUCCCGAUUUGAUAUACGAUAAAAUAAUGGAAAAGUCAGAGGGAUUUGAGAAAGCUGCACAAUUGUUGCCAUCGCAUUACUCCACAAAACAAUUGCUGCCAGAAUUAUCAGGCAAACUAAUGGUUCUGGAUUGUUUGUUGGCGUCCAUUAAAACUACAACAAACGACAAAAUAGUAUUAGUUUCUAACUAUACACAGACCCUCGAUUUAUUCGAAAAGCUGUGCAAUAAACGUUCCUACAAUUAUGUGAGACUCGAUGGUUCGAUGACUAUCAAGAAAAGAUCGAAAGUAGUUGAGAAUUUUAAUAGCGAUACUAGCAGCGAUUUUAUUUUCAUGCUCAGUUCGAAAGCCGGCGGAUGUGGCUUGAAUCUCAUCGGUGCGAAUCGUCUUGUCAUGUUCGAUCCUGAUUGGAAUCCCGCAAAUGAUGAUCAAGCGAUGGCUCGAGUCUGGAGAGAUGGCCAGAAGAAAACGUGCUUCGUCUAUCGUUUUCUUUCUACUGGAACAAUAGAAGAAAAAAUAUUUCAGAGACAGGCUCAUAAAAAAGCAUUGAGUUCUACAGUGGUCGAUCAAGAAGAUGAUGUAGCAAGGCAUUUCACUAUAAACGAUCUUCGCGAUUUAUUCAAAUUAGAACAAAAUACUGUUUCAGAUACGCACGACAAGUUCAAAUGCACACGUUGCGUCAAUGGAAUCGAGGUGAAGGGUCCACCGGAGCAAUCCGAUUGCAAUUCCGAUCUGUCCGAAUGGCGGCAUUCACAUAAUCCGCGAAAUUUACCGGAUAUAUCGUUACGACAAUGUUGGGCUAGCGGUAUUUCAUUCGUUUUUCAUCAUCGCUCACAUGAACAUAUAAAAUAAUCAUGAUUUGAUUGAUAAUUUAUUAGCAUUUUGUUUCAAACUGUAUUUUGUAACGGUAUUUUAAUAAAUUUACAAUACUUUAUUCAUCAAUGCCAUCAAUGAAACAGCAUCAAAUAUAGAAACUGCUUCAAUUUUUUGAGAAA